AUGGAGCCGUCCAACAGUAUCCAGAGCCUUGUCGAAUCGAUUGAUGACGACCAUGUCUUCAAGCUCACAGAAAUGACCAAAAAGCGAGUGGAGCACAACAACCCGGCACAGAAACGACCGCGCGUGGCCUCUCUAUCAACAAACGACCCCUCUACAGCACUUCAAUUCAUACCGUCGGAAAAGUCGCUUCAGCUGUCAAACCAAUGCAAGAGUUCCCUCGAAGCGCGGUAUUCGGAGCUAUUUCGGUCGAUCAAGGCUGGUCACCCAGUGAACCGGUUGCAAAAGUUGAGGGAGGUGCUUCCACGAGUCAAAGCAACAUCCACGCCCAGGUCAGGCAACGACGGGAAGGUCUCCAUGGAUGCAGGACACUCACGCCCACGGCGAUCAAAGCACGACAAGUAUCGGUUCGUGGACAAGGUCGAGGAGCUGAGCUGUAUUUGGGAUGUGGAUCGCAUGGUCAAGGAAGCGGAGGCAGCGGAGGCGGCAGCAUUAUCUCGACUGCCAACAUUGAGUAGCGAUGGCUCUCAAUCUCAACAGCAUCUCCACAGGGCCACGAACGGACGUUCUCAGGACUCUCUCCAGCAGCAUCUGUCAUCUACGUCAAUGGAAAGCUUUGGUGUCGAGCACUCUACCUCUGGAGACUCUAAUGGACCACCAAUAAUGAGCGACAUCCAUCAACAACAGCACCAGCUGCAACAGCGACAGCAGCAGGAGAGUUCCAAUGAGGUUGCAAGGGAGCAUAGCAACGACCAGGCAGGAUUAUCACCCCUCAGCACAAUAUCAUCUUCUACGAAUCCAGGCUAUGCUCCCGGAUCAUCAUACUCGUCCCUUGAGCCAAUCUCUAUCACCCAAGCAAAGGACGUCCCUGAGGACUCUAGACCUCAAUUUUCGGAUAGUGUGGCCACAGGUCCUCCUAUCCAGUCGAACAUGCCUAAUCAAGGUCCUUCCUUAUCGGAUGUAUACAAUGGCUAUGGAUCGGGUCUGGAGCAACCGGCUGCGGGGACCCCGUCCUCAAAACGAAACUCUUUUCUUGCAAUGUUCAAUCCGAACGACCCCAACAUCAUGCUGACGGACGACGAGACAGGAGGUCACUGGGCCCCGCCUGCUCAGUGGGCAGAAGGCGAGCGCUUGGAUGAGAGUCAGGAUGAAAGCGACAGUGUAGGCAACGCAGCUGCAGCUAAGCGCUCUUCACUGCGCCGUUUCACCGACAAGAUGAUGUGGAAACGAGGCCACAAGCCACUCUCCGUUAUUCAGCAAGGAGAGUUCCCCACCUACAGUCCUACUAGCCCAGCGAACGGGAAGCUGCUGUUUUCUGACGGCAACAAGUCGCUGGGCAAGAAAUUGGAUCCUGCGCUUGCUCAUCUCCAGGGUCAGCCUAGUGGGCGCAUGUCGUCCAGUCAACCCUCUUCUAGCAGGAACUCACUGGAUGGAGCCCAGCGUCCCAAGAAUAUCCUUAGGGUCAUGAGCAGCAGUUCUUCGCCAGUUUUGGAGGGCAUCAAGACUCCAGAUGGUGCGAAUGCAGGAUCACCCAGAGUCGGCCCUCUCCCAAACGCACACGAAUCUACAAGCAGGCUCGACAAGCCAACUAUGCUCAACCCAAUCAGGAGUGAAAAGGCACCAGUGCCCAAUCCAGCCGCCAGGGCAGACAGGUCCCCUCUGCUGAACGCAACACCCGUCGACAAGUCGCCACUUAUAGCACCAGUUCCCGGACUCUCGGGAGACGAGCUUGUUGGCAACGCUUUCAACCCCGAUGGCUCUCAGGCUGUUCCAGUGGCGCCACAGCUGUUGAUUGAGAGCGACCGGAUACCAAAGCGGAUGCUCCAGCGUUUGAAACAACGACCCGACCUUGCCUUAGUUGACUGGGCAUCUGAAACAGUUGACUUGAGUCCAUUGUUGACGUCGCAGGAGCCACUGCCAACAUACAACGAGUACUUGGGUAUCUCGUCGGCGAUCAAAAAGUCCAACAUCUACCCCAGCCAUCUCAGCAACAUCGAUGUCCUGGAUAUUCAUUUGAUACUGGGUCUAGAAGAGCGUAGGGAUGUGGAUUCCAAGAACCAUGCACGGAAAUGGGACAUGCUGGAGCUCCGCCUGGACCAGGAGCAAGACCAUAGUGAGAAGUGGAUCAAGGAGAUUGUGGCGUGGUCGAAUAAGAAGUACGAUUCGAUUGAGCGCCAUCAGCGAGCUGAGCAUCCAGAAGCUUACUGGCCCAUCUCUGACGAUGGUCCUGUGGUCGAGGAACUCGAACAAGAAGCUGUGGGAGAGGAUGAUGAGUCGCAAGUAUUCUUGAGAGUGAGCGACGCGGCCAAGCAUCACAGGCUCAGACCUACACUUACGCCACAUAUCGUACCUCUGGAGACUUUGAAGGCACGGAAUCAACAGCAGGACUUGUCCCUUACGUCGACACGGGAGAUGGGAGGAUCGAUGUCGUCGAUCCAUACGUCGGUCACCCUGACCUUCAAGACCAGUCUGGAGUCGACUCGGGAGUCAGUCAAGGAGAUGCGGGUGAUGCUGGCGGACUGUCGACAGCGUCUCCAGCAGCUUCGUGAGGCCACGGGAACACAGUUGAGGGAGAAAGAGCCAAUUUUCAAGGAGGUUGUGGACAAGUUCACGGCCGAGUGGAACGAAUCGUAUUUCGUCAAGCUGAAGGAGGUCGAGGAUCAGAUCCAGGUGAUGAACCUGAAGAGGAUUGAGAACCCCUGGAUGGAUAUUCUGUUGAUCAUGCUGUCGUGGGUGAUCCGAGGGCUAUUCUACAUUGUUGAGGGUGUCACGAUUAUGAUUAUUAUUGUGAGGCAUACGUGGAGCAAGGCCAAGCAAGGAUACGGGAUGGUACGCGAUGCGAAGCGAGGAUAUGAGCUGACGAAUACCUCGAGGCUCUUGGGCGCUGCUGGGUCGUCUGCAGAGUCUGCGGUUGCUGCGGAGAAGAAGGGGGACGCGUCGGCGGAAGAUACUAGUAGUCAUAGCCAGGACAAUCAGCCACCAGCCAAGGUUGUAGGAGCAUGGUAG